AUGGUACUCCACGCAGUCUAUAAACUGGUAUCAUUUGAGGAUAGUAAUCAACGCCGAAACACAUUAAUUGAUAAACUAAUUCAGUUGAGUAAAAUAUUUUUUCAAUAUAUUAUAUGGUUAAAUUGUUUAAGAAAUAUUAAGCCAAAAAUAAUUGUCAAUUAUACAUUAAAUAAUGAUAAAUUUUUUCCAGUUUAUUCAAAUACAAGUAAAUGGGAUAAUUUUAUUCCUUCCAUGUCAUUACCAAAUAUAUUUAAAACAGGAAAUCUAAAUAAAAAUAUUGAUUUAUUAAUCGGAACUGUUAAAGAUGAAGGAAUCAUUUUAUUUAAAAAAUCUAUUUGA